CGUCACAUCCGUUUUUUCUUCCCGUGGUCAAUGGUGUUGCAAGAACUGAACCACUUACUUCUCCGUUGUUUAGCAAAAGCAAACAACUAUGGCUUAUGCAAAUAAAACAGAUUCACCACCAAAUCUCCCAGGUCUCAAAAAUAUGGAUACACUGCUUCGAUGUCCAAUUUGUUUCGAGUUCCUCAAAAUUGCCAUGAUGACCAAAUGCUCCCACAACUUUUGCUCUUUGUGUAUAAGGAAAUUUCUCUCCUACAAGUUGCAAUGCCCGGUGUGUAAUUCACCAACAACAGAACAAGACCUAAGAAACAACAGGAUACUAGAGGACCUGGUCACAAACUUCCACAAAGCAAGGCAGGAGUUGUCAGACUUUGACUCGGUGAGACCACGUGACGCGGCCCCCAAGGCUCCAGCCCCAGUGUUCAUCUGCAAGAGCCCAAGGCAGCCAGGUCCCAGAGAUAAGGUUCCCAGGAAGGGCGACUCCAUCAUGCGGCACUUUCUCCAGAAGAGGCCCUCCGCCUCCACCACCACAACCUCUCCCCUUACAGAGACUCAGCAACGCCAUCCAGAAGGACAGGGAGGGAGAUCAUCAGCCUCUGGACAAAACCACGUCCAGAAAGACUCAGAUGACAGCGGUCAGCUCCUGUCUGUGAAGGAGGAAUGCAUUCAGGAGGAGAUACAGACGCUGGUGUCUGUCAAAGUGGAGAGGACUGAUGUCUCUGUGUCAGAGGAGAGGACUGAUGUCUCCGUGUCAGAGGAGACCACUGCCGAUUCCCCCUCAACGUCACAGGUCGUCAAAGUGGAGUGCCCUGUCUGUUCUCUGGAAAUCUCCUCUCAUUUCAUCAACAAGCACCUGGACACCUGUCUGACCCGAGGACUGAAGAGGGAGAGCUUGAGAAGCUCGCUAGGUGGGGAUGGGGACAGGAGACGCCCCAUGGCCAAGCUGGUGUACACGCUGCUGUCCACGCAGGAGCUGAAGAGGAGGCUGAAGGACUGUCACCUGUCCGCCACUGGGCCUCGUUCCCACCUGGAGCAGAGACUCCAGGAGUUUGUCCACAUCUACAACUCCCAGUGCGACUCCCUCCAUCCCAGAUCAGCUGAAGACAUCGCCAAAGAAGUGGAGGCCACCGAGAAGAUUAGGAACCAGCUACAGCGCGAAACCAAACGUGUACGUCACAGCAACCGUCGUCGAGAGACAUUUCUCUCGACCAUGGUGUUCAGCAAGAACCAGUCAGCGGAAGAGAUCGACGAGCUGCAUUCAAAUUACAGACAGCAGCACAGCAGUGAGUUUGGGGACCUGAUCGCUGAGGUCCGGGCGCGCAUGGGCACCAGCGGCAGACGGCAGCAGAUCAAACAGGAAGUGGAAGACGGGGGGAGGGGAGAGCCGGCGACCGAGGGGAGAUGUGUCAGGAGCCUGGCAGGUGAAGCGGGAGGACCGGACGGCGACGCCCGCGUGUCUGAGCGCGCUCAGGAGACCCCGUCCAAGCCAGACCCGGCCGGGGUCACGGCCGGGGUCACGGCCGGGGUCACGGCCGGGGUCACGGCAGGGUCGGCCAGCCCAUCUUACAGCGACGUGUCCAUCAGCAGCUCCGUGUCAGAUAUCUUUGCUCCUGAGGCAGAGUGGUGCUUUAAAACAGCGGAGAAGGUUGGAAAGAGGCCGUGCUUCUCCAGUGGAGACGAUGUCCUGGAGUCUCUGAUCCCGGGAAAACGACCACGAAGAAGCUAGUGAGGGGGGGAGGCGGGAGCCUGCAGUGAUUUAUAUUGUAGAUAGAAGUUAUUUAGUAUACUUUUAUAUAUUUUUGGUGUUUUUCAUUUGAAUGUUUCCAUAUGUUUUGUUGUUUGUUCACGACUCAGUAAAGAUUUUGAAGUCAAGUUAGUUUGCGUGAUGUUUUAUCUUA